UGUAUUCAUUAACGAAAGUCUUUUUCAUCCAAACAAAUAUCUGCGUCAGUUUUUUAUCCUUUUGACAGAUCCGUAAAGUAUUUAACCACCAGCUGUUUGAAUGUAAUAUACUGUUACCAUUUUAUUAUACCGUAGAUUAUUAAUCAGAAUUAUCACAUGGAUAAACAACAUUGGUUUAAAUAUAUAUACAUUUAAAAGUCUUUAUAAUACAUUUGACUAAUUAUGAAACUGAUGAUGAUUUGUUUAAUUCUGUUUUAUUCUUGGGUUGUGAAACUUUAUUCUCUAAGCUGGUUAUUGUAAUAAUAUAAAGCUGUACAGACUAUUUAGGAGCUACGUUGAAACUUAGUUAAAGUACCAGUUAUAACUUAUUCUUACAUUAAAAGUAAAAAUUAAAAAAAAACCGUAUUUGAUCGUGUGUUUUCCUGACAGCAUUGAACGCAGCAUCAUAUUCCCGCCUCCUUGUCCUCCUCCAGUUCCGGUUUGGACCAACAUGGCGGCCGUUAGCUUACAGUGUCCGGCCCAUCGGAUAAACUCUGAGUUUGUUUUGUUAAAUUAACAUGUUUUUCUGAUUAAAUUACUCACACCAGGUGGAUUUUGUGUUAACUGUUAAGUUGCUGAACACCGACAGUUGGUCUGUCUCUCCGCUGGAGGCUGUUUACCGGAAACCAACAAACCCAGUCCUAGUUCUUGUCAUGAUCAGCAGCUGACUCAGACCCAUUCCGACCCUGACGGACCAUCAGAGCCAUGGAGAAGUUCGGGAUGAGUUUUGGGGGCGGUCCCGGCAGGAAGGAGCUGCUGGACACCAUCGAGUCCCAGAAGAAGCAGCUGGUCCAGUACCAGACCCGGUUUAAAGAUGUGGUCCGGGCCUACAAGAGUCUCAUGAAGGAGAAGGAGGCUCUGGAGGCCAGUGUGAAGGUCCUGUCUGUGACCCAGGAGCUGGACCUGAACCAGCAGGAUACCACCUCCUCUGACCUCCCAGAUGACGGCUGCUCGCUGCACAGCGAGGACAGCCUGGACACGGCGGCGUCCGUAGACACGGCAGCGUCCGUGGACAUGCCAAGCGAGACCACCAGAGGGGACCAGAGUGAGGAGGACCAGGGAGAACCAGCCAGGAAGUCCAGCUCAGCGUGGCUGAGGUCUGACCCUGACGCUGGCAGCUCAGAUGGCAGCAGCGUGGGGGCGGAGCCUCAACAUGCAGCACCCCCUCCCAGCAUGGAAGCAGACCGCCGAGUCAUCCAGUUAAAGGGCCAACUGAGCACGCUCACCGGCGCCCUGGCUACGGUGACACAGGAGAAGUCUCGGAUGGAGGCGAGUUUCCAGGCCGACAAGCGUCAGCUGAAGCAGGAGAUGGAGGAGCUGCGGGAACGCCUGGCCACCAUGACGACGCAGCAGGAGGCGGAGCUACAGGGGCUGUUGCAGCAGCUGGCGGAGAGCCGCGCUCGCGUCAUCACGCAGCAGCACGAGAGGGAGCAGGAGCAGGGAGACCACGUCCAGCAGCUCCGAGAGCUGCAGAGGCUCCUGCAGCAGGAGAGAGACCUGAGGCAGGACGCAGACCUCCGCCUACAGGACGCCAACUCCACCAUCUUCCUCAACUCUCAGGCCGUGGACCGGGGGGCGGAGUCCCAGGCUCUGCUGAGCCAGGUGAGGGCUGAGAGAGACGAGCUGAAGAGGAGGCUGCAGGUCGCCGAGGAGAACCAGAAGAAACCAGAUCCCAGAGUGGAAGAACUUCAGAGAGACCUGACGGAGCUGAAACACCACGUCCAGGAACAGAUCCACCUGGAGACCAGGAAGGUGAGCGAUUCAGAGGAGCGUGCUCAUGAGCGCGCUCAGUCUGCAGAAGCUCGGGUCGCCAGUCUGGAGGAGCGAGUCUCCGAGUUGUCCGAGCUUCUCGGUUCCUGCGAGAAGACUCGGCAGAGAGACCAGCAGCUCGCUCAGAGACUCAGGGAGCGGAUCCUGCAGCUCGACACGGAGAACAAAACGCUCGCCAUGGCGGCGUCCAGCAGGAUGAGCGGCGAGCUGGGCAUGGACGAGGCUCAGCUGGACGUGGUCGCUCUGAGGGAAAAGAUGGAGAAGCUGAAGAAGCUGCUGCUGCUGGCGACUCAGAGGAACCCGGACCACGACAUCCAGAACCUGGCAGAGACGGAUCUGGAGCUGAGCAGAGACAAAGGCUCGGCGCUCGUCUACCAGCAGGAGCUGCGUCAGCUCAGGGACGAGUUCGAGCGCUACAAGCUGCGAGCGCAGGUCGUGCUGAAGAACAAGAACGUCAAAGAUGGCUGCCAGGCUAAGGAGCUGGAGGAGGUGCGGGACCAGCUGUCGGAGGUGAAGGAGAAGUACAUCAACCUGCGCAUCCAGAGCGACGAGGCAGAGGCCGCGCACCGCCGCCAUCUGGAGGAGCAGCAGCAACAGGCGGCGGCGCUGCAGCAGACUCACCGACAGGAAGUGGAGCGAGUGGAAGCGUUGCACCGUGAGGACCUGCUGCGACUGGAGGCGGAGCUUCACAAACAGAGAGAGAGGACCAUGGCGCUGCUGGACGAGAAGGACCGGGAGCUGGAGCAGCUGCGUGCCCUCGCGCUCAGCUACACCAACAACAGCGUCAAAACCACAGAGGAGGAGCACGAGUCGGGCGCCGAGAGUGAGGGUGACAUCAUCAGCCAGGCCCUGCGGCGGGUGACGAACACUGAGCCCACGCUGCUGCUGUACGCCGAGCAGCUGGCCAGGAAGGAGGUGGAGGUGGGCGGGCUACGGCGGCAGAAACACCGGUUGGAGGAGGACCUCCACCAGCUGCAGGCGAAGCUCAUCGCUAACGCAGAGCGCCACGAGGAGGAGGCGUCCGAGCUGCGAGGGCGACUGGACAAGCUGAGUCGAGACCAGAGUCGAGAAGGCGCCAACAUGGAGUACCUGAAGAACGUCAUCUACAAGUUCCUGACGCUGCAGGACGCCAGCGGGAAGCAGCAGACGCUCACCGCCAUUCUGACCAUCCUGCACUUCAGCCCGCAGGAGAAAGUCAGCGUGAUGAGGCUGCAGGGCGCCACCUGGUGGACGCCCAGCAAGAGGAACUAAUGAAACAAUAUCAGGAAUGUGUCGUCAUGGUUACAUUAAUGAAAAACUGAAUGAGGUUUGGCCCCUCAGAACUCUGUGUGUCUAUAAAUAUUUAAAUUAAGUUCAUGACUCUCACUGUGAUAGAAAAUAACUAAACACUCUAAUAUGUAUAUUUUUGAAUCCCUCGUUCAAAUUAAACUAUUUUUCCUGCUUCACAAA